AAAAGUUUAAUAGAAAUAUUAAUAAAAAGAAAUAAAGUUCAUGGUAUAUUUAAAAAUGGUAAAACACGAUCUAAAACAUUGUACGAUGUUUUACGACCGAUCAAUUUAUUAAGUAUUAUAUUUGGAUUACGAAUAUUCGAAAUGCCACGAAAUCAUUCUAGACGGAUACUCAGUUUGAUUUAUUCUAUAUCAUUGUUGGCCUUUAAUUAUGGGAUUUGGCGUUAUCUCAGUCAAAAUUCUAAACACUCUGGUGUAUUCAAAUUCGACGAGACUGUAGAUUAUUUGAUAUAUUAUACAAAUUUCAUCGUCUUGUUUACUAUUGCUAUGAAAGGAUUACAACAGACCGAGUCAUUAAAAUUAUGCGUAAAAAAGAUGCACGAGAUCGACAAAACACUGGAGACUUUAGGCUCAUCAUUGUCUUUCAAUAAAAUUUAUAAAAAAACUAUGAUGGAAUUAUUAUUGUUUCUAUCAUUUGUUACAUUUCUAUUCGUGAUAACUGGGAUACAGUUGGUUUCGCUUUAUACAACAUACAUAUUACUGUUACCGGUAGUUUAUUUAAAUAUAAUACAUUAUGGGUAUACUUUCAUGGUCGAAUUUUUGUUAGUUUUUGAAUUCUGUACGAUGGUAAGGUGCAUUAAAUCGGAAUUUCAAAGAGCAAAUGAUCUCCUAAGUGACGUAAAUAUUUUACCAAUGACUUCUAUCGCAUCUGAAUUAAUUGAAAGAUCAUUUCUCGUUGAUUCCAACAAAUUAUUUGACCUUUCAUCGUCAUUCCAUAAGAUGCAUUCAAGAUUGCAAGUUGCGAGUCACAAAUUAAAUAGAAGUAAAAAAUUGUUACGUACAAUCAGACAGGUUCAUUUAGAAUUAUACAGAAUAUCGAAAAGUUUUGGUAAUAUGUACGGUAUACAAAUGUCAUUGGAAAUAGCAGUAUGUAUUAUAUGUAAUACUCAUUUAUUAUAUCACCUUUAUGAUAUUUUUUUGAAUCAAAAACUUAGCAACAGUGGGAAAAAUUUUGCUUUAUUUACCACGAUUACGGCUUGUUUGCAAUAUACGAUUAGAAUUUUUGCAGUUAAUUAUAUAUGCGACAGAACAACGGACGAGGCCGAACGUACCAACGAAAUUAUUCACACUUUUUACGGAAAGAAUACGGAUCCUGCGAUACGAAAAGAGGUUGAAAUAUUUUCUAUACAAUUGAUGCAAUGCCAUACCUCGUAUUCGGCGUUCGGUUUAUAUAAUUUUGGUUGCAAACAUAUUUGUUCGUGUAUCGGUGUAAUCGCGACGUAUGUGGUUAUCAUGGUACAAGUAGGUAAUUCGUUAAAAUAAGGAUAAUAAAUCACCAUGAUACUUUUCAAU